AUGAGCAGACAGGUCUACAAGACUGCUGGUGGUCUGGGCCGGGGCUCCUCUAGCUGGUCAGCUGCAGAAUUAGACAUCAUCAGGAAGAAGUAUCUAGCCCGUUCUGGGGCAGCCAGUGCAAGGGCUUAUGGGAUCCAGAGUGGAGCACAUGUCUUUGGCAGUAGAACCCUCCAUAGCCUGGGCGACAGCAGGCGCAUCUCCAUCAGUGUGGCAGCUGCUAGCUCCAAGACUGGUAGCUUCGGUGCAGGUCCAGGAAGCCAUGGCACUGGUUCUGGGGAUGGCUUUGGUGGUGGCAAAAAAAUGGGAGGUGGCAUUGGGAGAACUGGUGGCUUUGGAUUGGCUGGUGUCAAUAGGUCUAGAGCCUUUGGUCCUGGGGUAAUCCAGGAAGUGACCAUCAACCACAGCCUCCUUCAGCCCCUCGAUGUGGAGACUGACCCCCAGACUGUGAGGAUGAAGGUCAAAGAGUAUGAAGUGAUCAAGGCUCUCAACAACAGUCUUGUCUCCUUCCUUGACAAGACUCAGGAGGAGCACUGCUGUGUGGGUGGACGUGCCAACAGCUGGCGGCCUGCAGGGCUGCCAUGGCUGUGGGCUCUGCGAUGGCAGCAUGCCAUCGAGGGCUUUCACAGCGUGUCCUUCCUGGACCAAGAGAACAAGGCGCUGGAGACCAUAUGGGAGCUGCUCCAGCAGCAGGGUCCCCGCCCCAUCACUGACUACCACAGCCUCAACCCUGUUUUCGAGAACUUCAUCAACUCCCUUCGUGGUGACUUGGAUGACGUCACUUCCGAGAGACCCUGCCUGGACGCAGAGCUGAGGAGAGUGCAGGCCACAGUGGAGAACUACACAAAGAGGCGAGUGAUGGAGAAUGUGGACUCUGACCACUCAGCCAGGAGGUCGCUGGAGGACUUGAUGGCCACUCUGAUAAAGGAAAUCAACUUCAUGAGGAACCUCUUUGAAGUGAGGAUUCAGGAGAGAAACGUCCCGGCUGGAGAGCCUGCCAACAACGCAUCUCUGGUCCUCUCCACGGACAACAAGAGCAGCCUAGAUGUGCAGAGCAUCCUUUCUGGGAUCCGCGGUCAGUUUGAAGAGAUUGCCCAGAGGGACAAGAUGGAGGCUGAGUUUCUGAACCAGACCAAGCUGCUGGAGCUCCAGACCAUGGCUGGCAGGCAAGAGGCUGAGCUGAGGAGCGUCAGGAGCCAGGUGGCAGAGUUCAGCAGGUUGAUCCAGAAGUGGAAGGCAGAGACAGAGGAUGCCAAGGAGCAGAGCACAAAGCUGCAGAUGUCCAUCAUGGAAGCUGAGCAGCUUGGUGAGACCGCCAUCAGGGACGCCAACACCAAGCUCCAAGAUGCCCAGGCUGCCCUGAGGAAGGCUGAAGAUGAUCUGGCCAGGCUGACCAUGACCUACUGGGAACUGUUGGAUGUCAAGAUGAACUUGGAUGGGGAGAUUACUGCCUACGGCCAGCUGCUGGAGGGAGCAGAGCACAGCUGUGCUCGACAGCAGCAGCAGCAGCAGUGCCUUGGCUUUGGAGAGGCAGGCACCUCCAACUUCAGAGAGAUUAACACAGACAUCGAGGGUGGGAAGUAG